UAGCUGUGGAUGGUGUGUAUCGUGUGUACGUAUGGUGUGGUAUACACUAUCUGAUGAUACACUUCAGGAUGCGUACUUAAAGUAGUUACCAAAUCAAGAUGGCGGCGCGCGUUAUUCGAAUCCGUACGUGAGUUGCUCUGGCUUUCACCCUUAUUUCUGCAUGCAGCUAAACAGUAUGAUAAUAUAAUGACCUCAAAGUAAUGUCAGACCAAGGAAGCAGCGGUCUGUCGCUUUUAAUGAGCUCUUACGAUGAAGAUGAGGGCUCAGAGUGUAGCGAAGAUGACCCAUUCGAGAAAGUGUCUAAGAGUGGAGAGUGUUUACAUGGAAACAAGCGAACUUUCAUAGACGAGCAAACCUCGUACGGAGCAACCAAAAAGGCGAGGAAAGUGGGAUCUGUUGAGAAAGAGCAACAACAACAAACCCCGCUUCCGAUACCUGAAGGAAUCUUAGACAUGUUCAGGAAGAAAGACUCCCAGGAGUCCUUAGAAGACCAUCAAGGAAGAGUUCGGACAUUUGAGCAUUUUCCAGGAAACUGGGCUCUUCAUGUCUAUAUCCCAAUGUUUGGUCCCAGUGACCUUGCAUCCCUGAUUGAAUCUUUCGUUAUGUCACUGCCGUCUGACCUGGUACCCAAAAUGCAUCUCUUCCCCUGCAAUGAGCUUCACUUGAGUCUAUCUCGCACUGUUCCUAUUCGUCAUUACUGGAUCAACAGCAUUGUGGAUCAGUUAAAAUCUGCAUUUGCUUUAAAACACAGUUUUCACUGUAUUUUAGGAUCUCCAGAAUUUUACACAAAUGAUGACAAAACAAGGUCAUUUAUUGGACUCAAAAUUCUAUCAGGGCAUAAAAAGUUGUCAUCACUUGUUUGUAAUGUGGAUGAGGUACUAGAAGAGUUUGCACUGCCUACAUUCUACCAGGAUCCAUCAUUUCAUGUGAGCAUCGCAUGGUGUCUUGGGGAUAUUCACGAACAUUUGAUGGAAAAACACAUCAAACAGAUCCAGGAUGCAUUUGAUAGUUUAGUGAUGGAGAUGUCUGCAGCAGACUGUCUGGCUUUUACUCCAAACCAAGUGCAUUGCCGCAUUGGCAACAAGCUCUUUAACUUUCCAUUCAGCUAGUGGCAUAAGUAAUAAACUUAGAUCAGGUAUUAAUAAAUAACUCUUUCUAUUCUGCCAAAACAAUCACAAAGCCUUCCAGUGUAGUAAUAAUGAGUCCAAGUGAAUAUUUAUUGAGCAGUACAGUAGAACCCAACUUUAGACACCUUGUAGGACAAUUGUAAAAUUCAUGAUAAAAGAUAGCUCCAUUAAUUUUCUAUAAAUGUGUACCUUGCAAAUAGGUUUCCACUAUAUAUUGUACACAAUAUCAAAAGGUAUAAUUUGGAGCAAGGGAAAUAUGGGUAUAGAGCUGGAAAUAUUGAUAUCAGUAUACAGACAUGUAUAUAAAUGUUAGUGAAUGAAAUUGUUUUUUAGCUAAAACUAUUUCAACAUUUUCUAUAAUCCAUUGUGCAUAUAUACUUUACCACCACCAUAUAAUACAUAGUUAAAAAAAGAAAUAAAUUACUGUGAUGAA